AAUACGUUAAUAGCGAGUAUUAUAAAAAUUAGUUUUAGCCUAAGUAAAGAAAUCGUCGCCCUAGGUAUAGUAAAAAUAGAGACGUACUUUAGAACGAUAACUUUUUAUAUUUUACCUGUUAAUACCCUAUUUCUCUUAUAUUUAAAAAAUAUAGAUUAA